AUGCAAGAACUAAUCCUCUACUCCCAUAUCCCCCCAACCCGGCACGCUCAAGUCCUCCAGAUCCUCGCCGGCAUAACCGCCUCCCGUCCCACCCCAACCCUGGAGCAAACACUCCUCUACAUCCAACCCCCCGCCACCCUGACCGGCGCCGCCAAAAAGGCCCAAGCGAACCGUCAAACCCAGGUCAAACCUCAGAAAUCCACCUACGUCAAAUUGAUCCGAGACGUCCAGAACGAUGGCGAUAAGACUCCCUGGACUCUUCGCACGGAGGAAGUACCUCAAGCCGGCAUCACGAACGUAAUAAGUCGAACCAUCACAGAACGCCUACUUUCAGACCAAGAUCUCGAGGCCUUCAGGCAAACAACCGGUAACAAAACAAAAUACUGCAAUCAAUUCCUCGCGUCCCCCGGCCACCGCUUCAUCCACAAUAACCUCAUCAUCCGCAUCUCCCGGAUCUUGACCGUACCUGAUGGAACUGGGGCGUUGGAGCCGUUGGAUGCUCCGGUGCCGGAGGUGAGGGAGUGUCGGGUUGUGGAUUCCUCCGGGGCGUAUCUUUUUGAGGUUACGGUGAGGGUGGAGGAUGGGGCGAACUCGAAAUUGGUGGAGAUGGGGAUGGGGGAGAUUUUGGGGUUUAGGCGGUUGGUGGAGGGGGUGGUGGAUUUGAGGGUUCCGGAGAGGUUGGCAUUGGAUUCGAGGAUUAAGUGA